UUUGACUUUAAUUAACAGGAAACUAAUAAACUGUACAUAAACAAAUUGGCAAAAAAAAGACAGCACCGAGAAGAGAGUAACAACUUAACUAAAUUAAAUAAUUAAGUUUACAGUUUAAAAAAAUGUUACCGGAAACCGUAACAUUCGCUUUAACACUAAUUGUUUAUGGAGCCAUAUUAUUUUUAUUGAUUUACUAUGUGCUUACAUUGGCCGAUCUAGAAUGUGAUUAUUUAAAUGCUCAAGAAUGCUGUUGCCGUUUAAAUUUUUGGGUCAUACCCAAAUUUGGUUCACAUUUAAUAUUGUGCAUUUUACUGCUAUUGGGUGGCCAUUGGUUAAUGUUGUUCUUUAAUUUACCCAUGGUCAGCUGGUUGGGUUAUGAGUUAUAUAAACAACCCCGAGAUAGUCUGGGUGUCUAUGACCCAGUCGAUAUACAUAGCAGGGGUUUGCUAAAGAUUCAUCUUAGGAAUACUAUGAUUUAUUUGGCUUAUUAUUUCAUUAUGUUCUUCAUAGCGUUGUAUUUCAUGAUUUCUGCUCUACUCAAAGGUGAUCCCAUUAGACGUCAUGAGGAGGGAGAGAUUAUAACAGACUUUUAAUAAUAACAAUAAGUAAACUAAAUUAAGUAACAAUUGUAUUCUUUUGAUUAUAAAUAAUGUUGUGUGAUAUUUGAUUUAGUCUUCCUUAUUCUUCUCAAAUUGUAUAUGAAGCACAACAGCUCUGUCGGUAACCUCUAGUCUGGUAUAUAUUCAUUUAAUAAGUCGAUUUUUUUUCUUUAUAAAGUUAGUACCUUUCUACACCUAUUUAUGAUUUUUUGAAUCUCACUUGAAAUAUUGCAUUUUAUUUGUUCGAUAUUUUAUAUAGUUUUAAUUUAAAAUAAAGCGAUUUUAUUAAUUAAUUUUGUUUGUCUU